CUUCCCGAGAAGGGGUAAAGUGAGAGCUGCUAUAUAAAGGAGAUUCCUUACACUCCUGAGAUCACAGUUUGUUGUAAUCACAAUAACCGUUCGCCUUUAAUAUACUCAUUUGUUAUAUCUGUAAUUUACCGAACUCCCACUGAACCACAAUGAAGCUUUUGGCUAUGGCAAUGUUAUUGGCCGUCGCGUCGGCGAGACCGCAGCGUGAGGCUUAUCCCGAGGACGUUCGAAGCAGGGAACAGCCCGUCGACGAUAGGCGAAUCACCUCGACCCAGAUCCCCAUUCUCCAGUGGAACAAGCAACAGGACGUCGACGGCACCUACAAGACCAACUACGAAACUGGAAACAACAUCAUCGCCGAGGAAAGCGGAUACAUCAAAACGCUCCAAGGAAGCGACGGCGAGUCCUUUCCAUCUCUGGUCCAGGAAGGUCAGUACUCGUACCAAGCUCCCGACGGUACCGUGAUCAACACUCGUUACAUCGCGAAUGAGAAUGGAUUCCAAGUCUUCGGAGAUCACCUCCCCACCCCGCCCCCGGUAAGCGAGGAGAUCCAGAAGGGUCUGGACCUCAUCUACGAAGGAAUCCGUCUGCAGGAGGAGGAAGCCAAGCGUGAAGCCGCUUCAAAGCCGGCACAACAGGCGCUGGCUCAAUCCGGUGACAGAAGAGACGAGAAAGACAGGAUCUACCAACGGCAGUAAUCCUCAUCGCCAGUAAUCCUUCCUAUCCUUCGCACCUUCCUUAGCCUUCCUUUUGUUCCUUUUAUCGUGCACUAAAUCCCUAGAAGCGUAUAAUAUACGACGUUGUUGCACCAUUUGUCGAGUGUAUAAGAAUAUUGAUUUUUUUUCGAGUUACCUGAACGAAUAUACUUGUAUAAAUAGGAGUGAUUCAGUAUGUUGUAUGCAUCCAAGUGAUCCCUGAUGAUAAAAAAUAAAUAAUUAUUGUAAUUAUACUAGCCUCGUUGCGCGCUGUUAACCUUAUCUUAUUUGCUUAACUGUUUUCUCUUGUUGAAAUGAAGUGUAGUGAUAGCCGUAAGCAUAUUGGCCAGAAAACGAAAACCAAACGUUUACGAAACAAUAUGUUUUGCCCUUAUGAAUACAUUUAUAAAAUUUAUUUGAUCCCUCUGAUUCUGCGGUUAAACGUAAUUCGGUCAUCACGUAGCGAUUGAAUUAAUAUCAGACAUGAUUUAUAACUAGAUCAUAUCCGCCAUUCAUAAAUGUUGUUGCGUGGAUUUAUAGGCUGAUUGAACGGAGGUCACGUGAACAGUUCUGGUCUCUGAAUUAACGAGUUAUGCAAAUUUGUGAUUUAAACAUCGUUCGCGCUACACGUACGUCUUGUUAUUGACUUAUUGUACGAACAUACGGUGGUGACUCUACAUUAGGAUUCUAUGAACAAUGCUUACGAAUACAAGCGUACAAGAAGAAAAUGUUAAGAAGUGUGAGGUAAUGGGAAAAUACGAAGGUGUAACAAGAAGUUCCUGAAAAUCAUGGAUCAUCCAUAUUAUACACGGCGCGUUUCGAUGACGAUUUUUUUCUCAUUAGCAAUUACAUUGUAGCGCGAUAUGAAUAAUUUAAAAAUAGCUUGAUAUAAUAUCGUGUCAGUAUAACGAACAUGAGAAAUGAUUAAGAUACGACUUCAUCGCUCGAUGAGCUUAUACAAUAAUCUGCAAGUGAAGUCAUGUUUCCUCUAUCGCAGUGAACAAUUAUACUUGAGAAAAUUUAUGUAAGUGGAUAACGUCAAAGUCAGAUUGUUGUUUACGCCGUUGUUGCAAUCAUGGCGAUGUUAAAACGACGUGAAUUUUCCUCAUCGUAAUACGCUACGUACGUUAUUAAUUUUAUUUAUUUUUUUUCAAUCCCAAGAAUCUACAUAUUUGUAAUGAAUUUUGUGAGCGAAGAGAGUUAUAAAUUUUCCUCAGUAAUUUACCGUCGUGUAAUGAUUCUUCCGACUAUAAGUUCAAAUAUAGCCGAUGGCGUUUCUUUUGACUACGAAGGUGGAAAGUUUUGAUUUCGCAAUUACUUCGUUGUAUAACCGAUCUACCGGUAUGGAAGAUAAAUCAAGCAGCCAUAUAUUAGUUUAUCACAAUUAGGAAAAGUAAUAAAUUUUAUUUAUUUACAAAGCAAACUUUUCAUCGGCAGCCCUGUGACCAGCGUGCAUUAUCAUGGUGAAGCAUGAAUAAUACUAUCGUGAACCGAUAUAGGACAGUCGAAAAUCGACGUGAAAUAAUUUCUCUGAAUGCAUUAUACAGUGAUCGACAGGGCUGCUGGUACACGUGUACGGUUCUAAUAAUUAUUAAUAAUAUUAGCAACAAUUUAUUCUUAAAUUAAUAUCAAUGUGUGACUAAAAUUGUUAUCGCCUAUAAAAUGUAAGUCCUACUUUAAUUAGCAAUACGAGU